GUCUCGCCCGCUCGCUUCGAUCGGUCAGCCAGCCAGUGUCCGUGAUCCGUGUGAGUGUGUGUGGAAGCGGGUGUCCGGCCGGUGGGACACGAUUCGCAGCGGUACCAGCGCAGUCAUGUGGCCGUUGUGAGAGUGAACGAUUACGAACGCGACAAUCCGAGAUCCGCGUGAGUGAGUGCGUCCGUUGGAACAACAAACAGCGAGCAAAUCUUGAGUAAAAGAGGAGGAAAAUCAAUCGAGUCAAAAUGAUGAGCAGUCGGAUGAAACACGCGCUGCACUGCUGCCUCUUCAUCACGCUGAUCACCGCCUUCGAGGUGUUCACCGGCGGCGCCAGGAUUGGCGACCUGGCCGACCCUUCGGCCGGAGUCGACCCCUGGCAGCAGUACGGCGUCUUCGCCACUUGUCUCCUCUACUUUUUCCGCCUUCUCGCCCUUCUCUCACUGCCUCAGGUGGUGUUCAACUUCCUGGGGCUGACGCUGUACAACGCCUUCCCCGAUGGCGUCAAGCUGAAGGGAUCGCCGCUGCUCGCGCCCUUCAUCUGCAUUCGCGUGGUCACGCGUGGAGACUUUCCGCAGCUCGUCCGACGCAACGUCAAGCGCAACCUCAAGCGAUGCGUCGACACCGGACUCGAGAACUUCAUGAUCGAGGUGGUGACGGACAAGCCGGUGGGUCUGUCUGCGGACCAUCGGGUGCGGGAGGUCGUGGUGCCCGCCACGUACCGCACCAAGACGGGCGCCUUGUUCAAGUCGCGGGCGUUGCAGUACUGCUUGGAGAAUGGCGUAAACAUGCUGUCGGAGCACGACUGGAUCGUGCACCUCGACGAGGAGACCUUGCUGACGGAGAACUCGGUGCGCGGCAUCCUCAACUUCGUGCUGGACGGCAAGCACCCGUUCGGCCAGGGCCUCAUCACCUACGCCAACGAGGACGUCGUCAACUGGGUCACCACGCUGGCCGACAGCUUCCGCGUCGCUGAUGACAUGGGCAAGCUCCGUCUCCAGUUCUCCAUGUUCCACCGGCCGCUCUUCAGCUGGAAGGGCUCCUACGUCGUCACGCAGAUGUCGUGGGAACGGCAGGUGUCGUUUGACAACGGCCCGGACGGCUCUGUGGCCGAGGACUGCUUCUUCGCGAUGCGCGCCUUCAAGGAGGGUCUGACGUUCAACUUCAUCGAGGGCGAGAUGUGGGAGAAGUCGCCGUUCACGCUGUGGGACUUUUUGCAGCAGCGCAAGCGGUGGAUGCAGGGCAUCCUGCUGGUGGUGCACUCGCCGAUCAUUCCGGUGCGGCACAAGCUGCUGCUGGCGGUGUCGUGCUACUCGUGGGUCACCAUGCCGCUCAGCACGUCCAACGUGAUCCUGGCCGCGCUCUUCCCCAUCCCGUGCCCGCCGCUCAUGGACUUCCUCUGCGUCUUCAUCGGCGCCGUCAACAUCUACAUGUACGUGUUCGGCGUGAUGAAGUCCUUCUCGCUCUACCGCUUCGGCGCCGUCCGCUUCGUCCUCUGCAUCCUCGGCGCCCUCUGCACCAUCCCCUUCAACGUGCUGAUCGAGAACGUGGCCGUCAUCUGGGGUCUCUUCAGCCACAAGUACCGCUUCUACGUCGUCUCCAAGGAGCUGCCCGCCUCCGUCACCGUCUAGACACGCCAGUGCACGCUGCCCCCAACCCCACCCCCACAUGCCACGCCCCCUUGCAUUCUUUCUUCUCCCGCCGCCGAUACCGGGUGUUAUUUGCGCGAACGAAAGAAUUCUUUGGCAGUUGCUGUUGAUGCAAAGACUUUUAUUCUGCUGCCGAAAUUCGUUCCUUGUUUCUUGUUUCCCGCCAAAUCUGUCGGGAAACAAACAUGGCCGCCUUGCUGUGUUUUCCAAGGCGUUCGAUGGAAAGCUUCAAUUUUGUGGCUCUUUGAUUCGGAGAAUUUUUUAAAAUCGCGCCCAAACGUUACGAAAACAUUCGAAAUGAAAUAAUUCUUCAAUAAAGUUGCACUUUUCCGUGUUCUAGAGGCCGAAACUAGUCGAGUUAGCUUAAGUAGAGGAAUUUUAACUCGCGUUUAGAUUGAUUGCAUCCACAUAUAGCAAUGCAGUGGCUUAACUUUGGAGCGUUAUUGCCUCUAAGAUUACUUUUUCGAAGAAUUUUCAAUCGUGUAACCGUGAUUUUACACUAACUACGAAUCUCAAGUUCAUUAUUUGAAUCCUGUCAGCUUUCCGUUGAAUUUUAAAUUUCCCGCCAAUCCUCAAGAAGCGGCCAUGAUGCGUGGCUUUCGCAGAAAGAGCUGACAUCCAAAGACAGAUCGAAUAUCAUCUUUAAAUUAGAAUUUUUCUUUGAUCCCUCUAUCACGAAAAGCAAAGCACCGUUUUGGCUCGGACCAAAGAAAAAGCUUGGCAAGCUUGGAGUAUUUAGAGCAGCAGCAGCAGCAAAAGCUCAAAAAGCGUCCGUGUUGUUAAUCCUGCGAAAAACACACAUGACAAGCAAAGAUAGUAUUCGAUUCGCGUGUCGACUUUUGCGUUGGAUUAUAUUUUUUUACAGCAGCCCCCCGCCCCCCUCGAAAUGUUCCGCGAGACGAGAAGUUGAAGAAAGAAGAAAGGCUCGGUUUUGGCGAGCGCCGUAGUGUUGUAAAAAAUGCAAAAAUGACUUUUUUCCCAUAUUGGGGCCACACACCGCGUUCACUCUCGACGACUUGUAAAGCCGUUUCAGCAGCCGAAUGGUCCUCCGCACUUGUCCCAAGCCGCCGCGGCCAUCUUUGUUUUAAAAAUUCUUUAAAUUAUCGAAUCUGAAAGGAGAGCAAAGCUAGGAGAUGCGAAACAGCGCCCAGAGUCAACGAAAUAGGGAAAGGGGUGGGGGGCGAAAAACCAGCCAACAAGCGACGUUUCCCCCACCCCUCUUUUGGUGACUCUGGCCGCUGUUCCGCAUCUCCUAGCUUUCCUCUCCUUUCCUUAUCGGUGGAUUCGUAGCGUUGUUUACAUUCGGGCACCUGACACGCCCACCAAGAUGGCGCCUCCGCCGGAAUUCUUUCAGAUUCGAAAAAAUAAUGAAUUCUCGGGGCAGUGGCGGAUCGGGACGAAUGCUGGAGCCAUUGCAUUCCGCAGCCGAGCAAUAAAGAGUAUGAUUUUGGGGCCCGAGGCCCCGCGUUUCCUCACUUUUUACUCUUGCGUUUCGACUGACUCGCGCGUUGUUGCGUAAUUUUGUAAAUAUACAACUGAGAAAGAGCCCUGUCGACCGGUCAGUGCAUGUGUGUGCGUUUGUUCGUGUAAAUAUCAUAGCAGUGUACCUUGUUAUGCAAAUAUAUAAUUAUUAUUAUUAUUAUUGCGUCAUACCUAAAAUGAGAGAGCAGAGAACACUCGUAGCUGGUGUAGCGAGCGUUUUAUUGAGUGCGUGUGCAACUACUUAACCCUACGAGUACGAGAAUUUGAGAGAAAACAAAAAUAUAUAGAAAGAGAGAAGAGCCGCGGAAAGACUGACGAGUUGCAAAAAGUGAGCCACGAAUCGAGCAUUGGCCAGUCAGUGUCUUAAUUGUAAUAAUUCUAACCGCAAAUUCGCUGCGUUGCGUCAGUUGGAAGUGUUUUCCCGCGUCCACAGAUGGCGCCACCGUAUAUUACCGAAUUCCUGCAAUUUUGGCGGUAAUUUUAAGGCGUAUUUGAACACUUCCGACUGUCUCGAGCAGCCGAUAAAACGGCAGCUUUUUGCACCAAAGCUAUUUAUGGGUCGACCGACAAGCAUUUUUAUACGAAAGAAGAGCUGGACAGCUAAAUUAAAAUUUUUCGAUGUACGCGCGGACCAAAAGAGCACAAAUCGAUGACGUGUAUGUACGUACGUGUUGUUUAAAUUGUAAUAAUUAUUAUUGUAAAAUGAAAAAAAACACCCAAAGCGCACAUCGGAACGCACAAAAAGGUGAAUGUGCCAUUGAAUUCACUGUUUGGUCUCUCGUCCCUCCAUCGCGAGGGAAUAUUUCGUCAUUUUUUUUUUUUUUAAUUUGAGUCGUCGCAAUACUCUCCUGUAAAGCUAUUAUUAAAUGUAUGUUCUGAGUGAGUGGAUGCGGAUGCGUGAUUGUGCGAUGAGAAAUAGAGAAAUUUACGCGCUGGUUGAAUACAUGAAUAAAGCACGCAUUAUCAAGUGA